UAGGGUUUAGUUUAGGUCUUUGAAUCACUCAGCUGCUCGGCCUUCCAACGGUGAAUAUGGUGAAGGGAAGUCAAGGCGAGCGUGUCAGACUCUAUGUUAGAGGAACGGUUCUCGGUUACAAGAGGUCGAAGUCGAAUCAGUAUCCGAACACCUCACUGAUUCAGAUCGAAGGAGUGAACACCCAGGAGGAAGUGGCAUGGUACCUGGGAAAGCGCAUGGCCUACGUCUACAAGGCUAAGACCAAGAAGGGCGGCUCUCACUAUCGCUGCAUCUGGGGAAAGGUCUGCAGGCCUCACGGCAACAGUGGCGUCGUCAGAGCUAAGUUCAAGUCCAACCUCCCACCCAAAUCCAUGGGUAACAAGGUUAGAGUUUUCAUGUACCCAAGCAACAUCACUGAUUCAAUGUCGGUGAUGAAGACAUCCGGCCGGUUCUUCACGAUCGGGCUGGUAGGAGCGUGGUAUUCGUCGAACAUUGGGGUUUUACUGCUGAACAAGUACUUGCUGAGCAAUUACGGGUUUAAAUACCCGAUCUUUCUCACCAUGUGCCACAUGACGGCUUGCUCGCUGCUCAGCUACAUCGCCAUUGCGUGGAUGAAGAUGGUUCCGGUGCAGACGAUAAGAUCUAGGGUUCAAUUCCUGAAGAUCGCGGCUUUAAGUCUCGUAUUUUGCACCUCCGUAGUCAGCGGCAACAUCUCCCUCCGUUACUUGCCGGUCUCGUUCAACCAGGCGAUUGGCGCCACCACGCCUUUCUUCACUGCCGUCUUUGCCUAUUUGAUGACUCUGAAGAGAGAGGCUUGGCUCACUUAUGUAACUCUUAUCCCUGUUGUCACCGGAGUUGUCAUCGCCAGCGGGGGUGAGCCAAGCUUCCAUUUAUUUGGGUUCAUUGUUUGUAUCGGUGCCACAGCUGCUAGGGCACUCAAGUCAGUGCUUCAAGGGAUCUUGCUUUCUUCUGAAGGGGAGAAGCUGAAUUCCAUGAACCUUCUGCUCUACAUGGCUCCUAUAGCUGUUGUGCUUCUGUUACCUGCAACUAUAAUUAUGGAAGAGAAUGUGGUUGGUAUCACAUUGGCACUUGCAAGAAAUGAUACGAAGAUUGUCUGGUUACUACUAUUCAAUUCUGCACUUGCUUAUUUUGUAAAUUUGACCAAUUUUUUGGUCACAAAACACACCAGUGCGCUAACACUUCAGGUUCUGGGGAAUGCUAAAGGAGCUGUAGCCGUGGUUGUAUCCAUACUAAUAUUUAGAAAUCCAGUCUCCGUUACAGGGAUGCUAGGCUAUUCCCUGACAGUUUUCGGUGUUGUUCUCUAUAGUGAAGCUAAGAAACGUAGUAGAUGAAAGAAAUGUUAACGA